GAACGGCCGCACGGCUUUCCUGCCCAAGCCGUUUGGAACUCAAAACGCGAAGCGGUUGGGUCAGAAGCCAUGCCGGUGAGAAUACUGGAUCAGAAGUCCGUGAAGGACUAUUUCCCGGAGGAAAAGAAGUUCGCAGAGGUCCUGAAGGAAACUCCAGAGAUGGACUUGUACUAUUUGUGCGGCAUUGGGAAGAGUCAUUCACGACUGGAGAAGUGCUUGAAGACCAAAGUAGAUGUCAACAAGCCCAAUGAGAUGGGUGCAACAGCUUUGAUGUUUGCAGCAAAAGCCUGGUCGCCCUCCUUUGUCGAGCGGCUACUGGAAGCCAAAGCCAAUGUUAAUGCAGAGGAUAGAUAUGGUGCAACGGUGCUAGACUUGGUCAAUGAUGACGUCAAAUUCUACGAGGCGCAAAAGAGGAAAGAGCAAGAAGAUUGCAGAAGGCGCCGAUUAGCAAUGGAGGUGUCCGGUCAGAUCCUCUAUGACAGGCCGAAUGUGGAGGAGCUGGAGCCCUUUUGUGAUAUGGACAAGCUUUACAAAGUGAAGAGUGUCUUGGAGGCUGCAGGGUCAAGGCCUGGAGAGAAUCGCUUCAGGCCAGGAUACGAUUGAGGACGCUCCCAAGCGGCGUUCUUCCGGCCCGGCAGAGAGCGGACCAAAGCGAUGGCUCCAAGAGCAUCUCCUGUACAGCUCGUCAUCGGGCAUUUGUGCAUAAAGCUACUGCUUUCCGAAGAAGCUGUGCCAAGGUUUUCACUUGCAAGCAGCUUCUUGAAAGUGUACUGCCAGAGAUGCUGCUGGCUCUUCCGAACUGGCUAGUCUUCGAAGUUGGAGGGAAACAUGUCGCUUCCAGUGCUGUGUGCUGAGCUGCAGUUUCCUCAACAAUGCUACUGUAGUAAAAAAGAGGGGUAGAGAUCAAGUCAAUCAAUCGUGCCCUUUCC